UUAGAAUUUUAUCAUGUCCGCAAUUUUUGUCAAACUAUCACACCAAACAGUUAUUUCACCUAUUUUUCCUCUUACAUUUACUAUUCUGAUUCAACAACAAUGUUUGUACGUGUAUUUUCUACCUUAAGAUCAACAUUGUGUAAAUCAACACUGUCAAAAGCCACCUCCCCCAAUGCGUGUAAUCUUUUGUUCCAAUCAAUUUUUAGUUGUCAGUUCGUGUCUUAAACUGUAAAUUAUGGCGAGGAAUGCGAGCGUUUUGUUAUGGGGAAAAAGUUCUGCCAACGUAUUUCUAUAAAUAUUUGGAGGUCGUCACAAAUUAAACAUUCACAAUCUUCACCGCAAUCAAAUAGUGCGCACACCAGUAUUUCGUUAUAGAUUUGAUUUGUUAGUCAUCCUUUCAUCUAUUAAAUAGUUUUUCUUGAUGCCAUUGUUAUAAAUUUAUUGUUCUAAGAUCCUUAAUAAAUUUCAGCUUUCGAAAGAAAACGAUACAUCUCAUUUAUCAACUACAGUAUUCUCUUUAGGUUUAAUAUAAUUUUAUCCAAAUUUUGUAUAAUUCGAUUAAACAGGCAGCUUAGUAAAAAUGUAAGUUUUAGAAAUAAAACAUUGGGGAAGUUUAAAUGUUCAGAAAAUUCGACAAAUGAAUUCAGGUGAUAAUCAAAAGGAACAAAAUUUUGAGCCAAAAAAUGCGUCCGUGAAAUCCGAGCAUAAUAUCCUACCAAAUUUUGAGCCAAAAAAUGCGUCCGUGAAAUCCGAGCAUAAUAUCCUACCAAAUGAAACGCGAAUAGGCCUUAAUCCAAUUUUAAGGGAAAGAAGUGAUGUUAACAGACCCGCAGGUAGAGGUCUUCCACGUAGAUCAUUUACCGACGAUUUUUUUAAUGAUCCGUUUGACAACUUUAAUCCGAUAUCUCAUCCACGUGGAUUUCAAAGACGCUUCACGGAAAGGGGCCUUUUCGACGAUGAUGUUGACACUUUCUUUGACAGAUUUUCCGGGGAAAGGGAACAUCAAAUUCCAUUUCGCGAUGAGCCAAGUCUCUUCCGUUCUUCAAUGCCUAGAAGACAUUACAAACCACAAACAGAUUUCCAUGGUAAAAAUGAACACAACAGCAGUGUUGAACGUCCAAUCCCUAUACAGCUUAAAAAAGCAACAUCAUCGCAGCCUAAAUGUUCAUCCCCAAUUUUAAAAGAAGAUGAUGAAAUACUCGAGAACGUUCAUCGAAUUCCUAUUCGACAAAUGAAUUCAGGUGAUAAUCAAAAGGAACAAAAUUUUGAGCCAAAAAAUGCGUCCGUGAAAUCCGAGCAUAAUAUCUUGCCAAAUGAAACGCGAAUAGGCCUUAAUCCAGCAGAUAAAAGGCGACGGUUCUCUAAUUGUCAACAACAAAAUGAACACAAUUAUGCUAACAGCAAAAGCCAAUUUAAAUCCGUUCCGGAUAUUGUAAUUGAUGAUUACAGUGAUAGAAGUGAACUGACGAAACCUGUUGCAAUUCCAUUACCUGCACCAGCCAUUCCAUUGCCAGCCCCUCAGCAUAAUAACGCUAAAUUGGAAAAUGAAAAAGAUCCAGAUCCGGAGAAUUUAAAACGGUCCGAAGUAAAUGUGUCAGAGAAUGAAUUUACUACGGUAGGACAAUAUAAUGCUGAUUGUAAAGAUGGAGAAGCUGAGACGUCUAAUAUUCACAUUGUUCCCUUAGCUGAUAGUGGCGAAGACUUAAUUCAAUUACUGGAUGAUACUGAACGAAAAGUGGAAAAACUUAGAGAGAAUGCUACAUCCUUGGAGCAGGAAAAGGAAGCGAUUUUAGACAUGCUCAAAAAUAUUAAACUGACGAGUUCUCUUCUAAAAUUGAACCAUGGUGACCGAGAUGAACUAGCAUUGAAUGCUGACAGGAUUAUAAAUCGUUGCCGCUCCGUUGAAGUUUGUGUUAAUACUCCUCGAGAUGAGCAUCAGGAUCGAGCACUUAAGCUCGUUAACGAAGUCAUCUACAUAGCAUUAAACAAAACAGAUGACAAACUAAAAACACAGGCUGAAAUUCAGGGAUUUUUAAAUGCUUGUAUGCCUGAAGAAAGUGGCCAUAUUGAUGAUAAAUUUCAAUCUCUUAUUAUUGCCUGUACUGCAGAUGACCAAAAGAAAAUCCGACGACGACUUGUAAAAAUCAUGGAAGAAUUUGAACAGACUCAGCGACUCCCUCAAACAGAUUUAAGCAAAUAA